UGACGUUCGGCAGAGAUAUACAGAACAGGGAGGGGAAUGUGCGCAGUACUUUGGAAACAGACAUAGCCAACAUGCAGUCAGCUACUGCAAAGUGCCAAACGCGGGACAGACUCAGAAGAAGACACCACUCCUCCCCUGCUCGACCCCAAACCUCCUCUGUCUUUGAGGCGCUUUCUCCCCAUCCCAGCCGAUAAUGUAAGACUCAGUCGGAGAGAUUUGUCAGAUGCGCAGACGAGCCGCCGCUCUUUACGUUCGCGAUUCCGUUUCCAACACUGUCAGACAGCUUUCAGCCAGGCUACAGCCGAUCAUCUGCGGGGAUACCUGGCGUGAGAUGCGGCAAUGUCCCGAGGAAAAUGCCUACGCGUGAACCCUUUUGACUCCGUCCGGUUUGUCGCCUUGGUGAUCUUUGCAGCAAAUGUGAUCGACGCGGAUAAGCACAGCUGUUAUGAAGUGAGAGCCGCUUUCCAGCAGCGACAGGUCGGACCUCUUCACCUGGUGCCGGAGAAACCGUACAAAGAUGCUGAUUUGCAGAUAUGUAAGCAUCAAGGUCCAUCUUGCUGCAACAAGAAGAUGGAGGAAUCUUACCAGGUUGCUGUGAAAAAAGAAACCCUCCAAAAAAUCGAGUCCCACACCUAUCACCUGAAAAAUCUUUUGUCUGCUCACUUAGAUGCCUUCCAGGACAUGUUUCAGUCCCUCCUGUCAUUCUCUCAAGGCCACCUAGGUUCACUGUUGGAGGGAACCUACUCGUCCCUGUCCGGUCAGGCUUUGCCCCACGUGAAUCAACUGUUUUCCUCUCUCUCCCUGUAUCUACGUGGAGCCAACAUCUCAAUUGAGAUGACAGUUCACAGAUUCUUUAACAACAUCUUCCCUCUUGUGUACACACGGCUCAUAAACCCAAGCAUUGAAGAGAGUGUUACAGCAAGCAGCACGAUGGUUGACUGUCUGCGUAAGAUCAGACAGGACGUCAAACCUUUCGGGGAUCAUCCCGUCAUCAUGGCUCGGAAAAUGGCUGAACUGUUGGAGGCUGGCAGGCAACUGGGUCUUGCCUUGGAUAAAGGACUGGAGGUCAUUAAUUCGACGGAAUAUGUCGACCUUACCAGAGAUUGUGUAAAAGGUCUGGCAAAGAUGGUGUACUGCUCACAUUGCAGAGGCUUGACACUGAUCAAGCCCUGUGCUGGCUACUGUUUGAAUGUAAUGCGGGGCUGCUUAGCAAGUAUGUCGGAGCUAGAUCAGCCCUGGAGGAUAUAUAUCAGCUCCUUGGAGAAACUAACCCUUACGAUGGCUGGGCACCACAACCUGGAGCUAGCCAUGCUGGGGGUCAGAGGGCAUGUCGAUGAAGCAUUGCUCUACGCACAGAUCCAUGGUCCACUAAUUACUGCUACGGUGGACAAGGUGUGUGGCCUGUCCACGCUGGAACCUCCAGGCAUGCGGCCUACGAGCCCAGAGGUCAUAACCUCUACCACAACCUCAGCUUCGCCUCCUUCAUCUGCCUCCUCCUCCUCCUCCUCCCAAGUUUUACCAGACGAGUGGCUGGGGAAGUUUGCCCAUUUAAAAAGCCCAUUCCCCCUGAAACCCUCUAAGAACAAUAAAUCUAAUCUGAGAACACUCUCUAGGGAUUUCUUGUUGUUACUGCAGCGUUAUAAAUCCUUCUUCACGACAGUGCCAGAGAUGCUGUGUGAAGGGGAGUAUGUAGUGGAUGACUCCACCUGCUGGGGCGGCAAUGGAGUCGUAGAAAGUUAUACUGGCAGAAUUAUCGGAAAUGGCCUUGAUGCCCAGAGACAAAACCCAGAGGUUAAAGUUCGUGACAUGGACCCUAUAAUGGCUGAGUUCAAGAAAAGGCUGGAGCACUUCAACCAGGAAACCCUGGAGAAGUUCACAAAUCUUAGCGAGAUAGCAGUCUGGGAAGAAUUGGGCAGUGGGGAAGAGCAAGGAAGCACCGCAGACUGUGAUGAUGAAGAUGGCUGCCAAAGCUCAGGAGAUGGCGCAGAACACAACUAUGUUGUCAAUGGACGAACAUCAAAUGGAAGACAGCAUGGAGGUGACAUCACACAAGAAAACCCCUCCAAACCUCCCGCGGUGAAGGUGGUCGGAGGUUCACCGCCUACAAGCUGGCAACAACCACAGUGCCUUGCACUGCUUUUUGCUGGACUUUGUUUGAAGUGGAUGCUGUUCUGAUGACAGCACUGUUUAAAAAGAAAACAAAAAAAAAUCCCUCCUCAUCCCUGCCCUUUUAGGAACUUCCAUGGCACUCAUAUAAUUGACAUAUCACAAAUAUGUUCCUUAAUCCUGUCAUCAUCCUGCACGGACAGACGUCAUUAAGGCCAACACAGAAAUGAAGAGUGGGACAGUGUGUGGACAACAGCGUAGAAGCCUGUGUAUGGGUGGGCGACUGCAGGGUCUCUUCCUACAGGAUCUCCACUGUGAAUGCUUGUAAAGACUAGACUUGUUUUCACUAUGCUGACUGGGACUAGAUGGGAGUAUAAAGGAGUGCUACAGCUCUGGCUUCACUUGCACAGACCUAACCGUUGUGAUUCAAAACGGGGUUGCAUCAUUCUUAAUAACGUUUACAACUGUAAACACUUAACUACAAACAUAAUUCAAAUAACAUAUAAGAGCUGUCUUCUUUUUCUGUUUUUGAUUUUACUUAUAUUCUAAGCCACAAACCUCUUCACAGCACUGCACUAAUGCCAGCCAGGUGGAAGAACUCUGCACUUUUAUAAAUUUAAGUCCUGUUUUUGGAAAUUAAGGAAUGCAUGAAAAACCGAUAGAUCCAUCCCCGGGUGCCUGGCCCAAAAUGGCAGAUUUGACAUGCUCUAAUGACUGUGUACCUUGCAGGGAUUAGAAUGUAAUGACUUCACAGGUACAUCACAAGCUUCCAUGCACGGCUAAACAUAUUGUGCAGACAAACUAGGUGUGAAUAGUGUAGCAAGCAACUGUAUAUAGUUAGAGAGAUUUGAGUGAAUGUACGACAUGAGCUGAAUGGAUUGUUAAUUUGUGUUCCUUCAUGAAUGGGCUAUGCUUGACAGCUCUACACAACAUGUCAAAAGGGUUUUGAUGCCAAAAAUAAAGGGAAAAUAUGCAUAACUUACCACAUGAAGUCGUUACAAGACUGGGGAGUUUCAGAGUUUUGAGCAAAAUGCUUGUAAAAUGCUGGCUCUAGUAAUGUUGAUUGUGCAUCCUGUUUUGUGUGUUUGCUUGAUGAAUUGCACAUCAUUGCACGUAUAAAAUGCAAGCUUUUCAAAUUGAUUGGCCUUCUCACAAAGCCCCAUUUUCCCUGAACAUUUCCAACAGUGAUUUUUUUUCCCUGGUCUACUGCAAGCAGAUACUGUGGAAUCACAAAGCAAUACAGAUAUCCUAGGGUUAACAACCCCCCCGCCCCCAUUCGGUGAUUACAACAGUUAAAAAUGUUUUUUGUUGGCAGAGAACAAAGCGGAAGGAGAAAAUCUAAUUAUGUUCAGACAUGCCUUCUUUUGAGUAGCAGUUUUUUUUUAAUGCAGAAGAUAAUGUUAUACUAAUUGGCAUUACCACAGAGACAUAUAGUUUAAAUCAAAUAUGCACAUUCUCUAUGUAAAAGAAACAUACAGCUAUAUUUACCUGACUGCCACACAAUAAGUCAGAUAUACUUUUGUCUGUUUUAGAUCAAACAAUUUCUAUACAUAAUUGCCAAAAUAAUGAGAGAGAGAUCAGUUUUUUUAUCAGAAUUUUAUUUUAUUUUUCCAUCAUGUUACAGAAGGAAGAAGUGUGUUUGAGGCAUUUCCUUGAAAUACAUUCAUAAUUGUGCCUCAGCUUAACCUAAAUGUUGUAAAUUAACCUUCUAGAAGCUCAGUGUAUGUAAAUAUUUAAGUUGAAUAAAAUAAUACAACAUUCUCUAGAAUUAUUUUUUUUUCAUUAUUCUGGCAUUUGUCAAAUGAGAAUAGCUUAAUUAGUCAUAACUGACCUAAACACUAAACUUUAUUUUAAGAAAAGAAAAAAAAAAACUGUUCUCUUUUUAUACAAUGUAUGGAGAUAUCUGGUUUGAACUGUGGCUGUAUGAGUUGGGUUGAUGAUUAGAAAUUACUACACCCUUCCUGAAAACACAAAUAUUAAAUGUAAUUUAAAUCACCCUUGCAUUUAUAUAAGGAGGCCUUAUUGUCAAAUUGGAAUAGAGUGAAAAUGAUAGUAACUAUGCAAGCUUUCAAAGGUUGAAUGUGUAACAUUUUGUGUUCUUUAACAACAGCUCAACCAUCAUGCGUUUUGCUCUAAAGCAGCAGUAAAUUCACCCAUAUUCCACUUGGAAUUUUAUGCCCUCGCAUGUGUAUAAAUGUACAUAUUUUACAUCCUGUCAUUUGUUUUGUGAUUAAUUUUGUCAUUUUUGUAUCAUUACGAUACAGUGUAGUUGAGCUCUAUUAAAAGUGCUCUGCUCUUU